CCCGGGGCCGGUUCGGGGCCGGUUCGGGGCGAUCCCGGGAGCCCCGCCCAGGCCCGGGCCAUGGCGGGCGGCCGUGGCGGCGGGAAGGCGGCCGUGGUGCUGCGCUGCGAGUGGCAGCAGUGCUCGUUCGCGGCGGAGGGGAUGGAGGAGUUCUGCGGGCACAUGGCGCAGCACCUGCGGCAGCACCUGCCCGGAGAGCAGCGCGCCCAGAUGGACCCGCUGGCCCCGGCGAGCUCGGCCGACCUGGUGCGCCACGUCUACUUCCACUGCUACCACAGCAAGCUGAAGCAGUGGGGGCUGCGGGCCCUGCAGGGCCAGGCGGGGCUCAGCCCCUGCCAGCUGGACUUCCAGAGCCACAACAUCAUCCCUGACAUCCAGGAGGACUUCCUCUGCCUCUGGGAGUACUGUGAGAGGUCAUUUGACAACCCCGAGUGGUUCUACCGGCACGUGGAGGAUCACAGCUUCUGCUCCGAGUACAAGGCAGCAGGGAAGGAGAACCACGUGCUGCUCUGUGGCUGGAAAGACUGCAACUGCAGCUUCAAGGGCCGCUGCAAGCUGCGGGAGCACCUGCGCAGCCACACGCAGGAGAAGGUGGUGGCCUGUCCCACCUGUGGGGGGAUGUUUGCCAACAACACCAAGUUCUUCGACCACAUCCGCCGCCAGACCGCCCUGGAGCAGCAGAGGUUCCAGUGCUCCCACUGCUCCAAGAGGUUUGCCACGGAGAGGCUGCUCCGCGACCACAUGAGGAACCACGUGAACCACUACAAGUGCCCCCUGUGCGACAUGACGUGCCCGCUGCCCUCCUCGCUGCGCAACCACAUCCGCUUCCGGCACAGCGAGGAGCGCCCCUUCAAGUGUGACUACUGUGACUACAGCUGCAAGAACCUCAUCGACCUGCGGAAGCACCUGGACACGCACAGCAAAGAGCCGGCGUAUCGCUGCGAGUUCGAGGCCUGCAGCUUCUCUGCACGGUCCCUCUGCUCCAUCAAACUGCACUACAGGAAGGUCCACGAGGGUGACUCCGAGCCGCGGUACAAGUGCCACGUGUGUGACAAGUGCUUCACACGGGGGAACAACCUCACUGUCCACCUCAGGAAGAAGCACCAGUUCAAAUGGCCCUCGGGACAUCCUCGCUUCAGGUACAGGGAGCACGAGGAUGGCUACAUGAGGCUGCAGCUGGUGCGCUACGAGAGCGUGGAGCUGACAGAGCAGCUGCUCCAGGACAGGGAGAAGCGUGGCGAGGCUCUGGAUGGCCCCAGCGAGUGCGUGGUGCUGCCCGAGGGCGAGGGCAGCCUGCAGGGCAUCCUUCUGGAGCCUCCAGCAAACCCUGCCCCAGCAGAGAGCAGCACAGCCGAGCUGCCCGUGCCCCCAGCCCUGUGCUCUGCUCCCAGCCCUGAGCCAGCACGGCCGAGCCCCUUCCCAGGAGCUUCCUCCUCCUCCUCCUCCUCCUCAGAGCAAGGAGCCAGCAGCACCAGCAGCCCCAUCAUCCGUGUGGUGAGCAGGACCAACGAGCAGGGCCAGAGUGAGACUGUCUAUUACGUGAUGGCCAGCACGGCCUCGGAGCAGCAAGGCACGGCAGCCCCGGCCCUGGAGCUGGAGGAGAACGUCAUGGACAGGCUGCAGAAAACAGCUGAGGAGCUGGGCAUCCAGAUCCUGUGAGGAGGAGACCUUCAGCCUGCUGGAAUGCUUGGGGACAGGGCUUGCCUCCAGCCCAGCCUCGCUGGCUGCUGGUUCUGGUCAGCAUGUGAGAAGGGAAGGACAGACGUCCCGGGUGUGAAUCAAGUGAUCUGAGCUGGAAAGAGCUGUCUGCCUCCUCCUUUUGGGGACUGCGGCCUCUCAAGCUUCUCCCACCCUUCUGGGGGGUUUGGCCUAGGCCUGGCAGGGUGGGGUGCUCAGCAGCUGUGCCCUUGUGAGGUGCUCCCCAGGCAGGAUGGGUGUGGAGCACACUCUGCUGCUGGGAACGUGUGGCCCUUGGCAGGCCUGUCCUGCCCCAGCCCUUCCUUCUCCAGGGGGUGUCACACCUUCAUCAGCACGUCCUGCACACAUUUCCUGCCUCCCCUGCUGCUGGGGGUGGUGUUUGCCCCCCUGAUCCCAAGCCCAGCCCUGCUCUCUGGGAGGACAGUGCUGGAGCUGUGCAGGCCAGCGCAGCACCGCGACGUUGGGAGCUUCCUGCUGCUUUUGGCAUCCCCUGGCUGCCCUCCCCACAUUGGGGUUUGGGCUCCUGGCCGGGCAAAGUGUUCUUUGGCAAGACAAAUAAACAUCAGGCUGCCAGGCCCA